AUGGAUAGCCAACUCAUCAAAACAGUCAACAAGCUUCAGGAUGCUUUCGCUACUGUUGGCGUGCACAACCCUGUCGAUCUCCCUCAAAUCACGGUGAUUGGUUCGCAAUCGAGUGGUAAAAGCUCUGUCUUGGAGAAUAUUGUCGGUCGCGACUUUUUGCCAAGAGGCACGGGUAUCGUCACCAGGCGUCCUUUGGUACUACAACUUAUCAAUCGCCCUGCUCCUGAGAAGCCAUCCAGUCCCAACGGCAAAAAUGAAGAAUCAGCUGAUGAAUGGGGAGAGUUUCUACAUUUACCUGGUCAAAAGUUCUAUGACUUCAACAAGAUACGUGAAGAGAUUGUUCGUGAUACAGAGCUAAAGACUGGAAAGAAUCUUGGCAUUUCUCCACAACCCAUCAACUUGCGUAUCUUUUCGCCCAAUGUCUUGACUCUUACUAUGGUGGAUUUGCCUGGUCUUACCAAGGUGCCAGUGGGUGAUCAACCAAAGGACAUCGAGAAGCAGAUUCGCGAGAUGAUCUUGAAAUACAUCACCAAGCCCAACGCGAUUAUCUUGGCUGUUACUGCUGCCAAUACAGAUUUGGCCAAUUCGGAUGGUUUGAAGCUUGCUCGAGAAGUUGAUCCUGAAGGCUUGAGGACGAUUGGUGUUUUGACAAAAGUGGAUCUCAUGGAUCAAGGCACCGAUGUGAUUGAUAUCUUGGCAGGUAGAAUGAUUCCAUUAAGGCUUGGUUAUGUCCCCGUGAUCAAUCGUGGUCAACGUGAUAUCGAAUCCAACAAGUCCAUCGCCAAAGCUUUGCAAUCCGAACGCGAAUUUUUCGAGAACCAUCCCUCCUAUAGGAGCAAGGCACAAUAUUGUGGUACACCCUUCCUGGCACGCAAGUUGAAUAUGAUCCUCAUGCAUCAUAUCAAAAACACAUUGCCCGAGAUCAAAUCCAAGAUUCAGACCGCCCUUGCAAAGUAUCAACAAGAAUUGCUUCAAUUGGGUGAUCCUCUCAACGACAAUCAUGCCAGCAUGGUGCUCAACAUCGUCACCGAGUUUUGCAAUGAAUUCAGGACUAUCAUUGAUGGCAAUGCAAACGAUCUUUCAAGCUUUGAAUUGUCAGGAGGUGCACGCAUCAGCUUUGUUUUCCACGAGCUUUAUUCCAAUGGUGUCAAAACAAUUGAUCCUUUUGAUCAAGUCAAAGAUUCUGAUAUUCGCAUGUUCCUUUACAACUCUGCGGGUUCUUCACCUUCAUUAUUUGUGGGCACAACAGCAUUCGAAGUCAUUGUCAAGCAACAAGUGAAGAGAUUAGAGGAGCCAAGUCUCAAGUGUAUUUCGAUGGUGUAUGAUGAGCUUGUACGGAUCUUGGGUCAGCUUUUGAACAAACAGUUCUUCAAGCGCUUCCCUGCUCUCAAGGAACGAUUCUACCAUGUCGUACUCGCUUUCUUCAAAAAGGCAAUGACACCUACCAAUAAGCUUGUCAGCGAUCUUGUGGCGAUGGAAGCUUGCUAUAUCAACACGGCACAUCCGGACUUUUUAAAUGGUCACCAAGCUAUUGCUAUUGUGAAUGAACAACUACAUCCAAAGAGCCAGUCGGGACCAGAUCAUGAAGUACCCACAUCCAAACAAGGUCGUCACCAUCAUUCGUCGCAAUCUCAACAACAACAGCCACAGCUGAAUGCAUUGCAAACGAGCAACUCAAUGUCGACCCAUAUGGAUAACAGCGAAGGCAAUUCCUUCUUUGGUAGCUUUUUCUCGGGAUCCAAAAAGACGAAAAAGUCUGCUGCUGCAUCGAUGGAAGCUCCACCACCGACACUCAAGGCUACAGGCGAAUUGUCUGAGAGAGAUCAUAUGGAAAUUGAAGUCAUCAAGCUGUUGAUCCAAUCAUACUUCAACAUUGUCAAGCGCACAAUGAUCGAUAUGGUGCCCAAGGCUGUCAUGCUCAAUCUGGUCGCCCGUGCUAAAAAGGAGCUUCAGCAAGAGUUGCUUUCCGAGUUAUACAAAUCCGAUAUCCUGGAUGAUCUUUUGCAAGAAUCAGAACAUACCCAACAGCGUCGUAAGGAAUGCAAGAAGAUGAUCGAGGCACUUCAAAAGGCAGAUGAAAUCGUGGCUUCUGUUUAA